AUGAUUCUUCCGAGCUCAGAUGAAGAGUCACAUCGUCAAAAGCUUGGUGACGACAGCCACAGAUUUGGCAGCUUUGUGCCACCCCCAGACGUCAAUUUCGACAUGUGGUACGAAGGUAUGAUGCCCCCAGGAAGCUGGUCUGACAUGCCCGGGCCAGCCUCAGGUAUGGCACCGAAGCUCCAUAAAAACGAGUUGGACGCCCACAGCAGUUCAACUCCAGCCAGUGGGCCAAGUCAAGCUGAUCACACCUCCGCGGAAACUCCAUUAACCCCCGAAGAUUUUCUGGCCAUAAUCAUGAGCUUCGAUGACCCAGUUGACAGUGCCGCGGAGGCUGUGGUCACGGGAGCCCCGCAUUUGCACACCCUUGGAGUCGCUGGUGGUAUUCACGGCCGGUUGUCGGCCUUACGCUUUGACUCGCCGCCGUCAUCGCGCAGUCGAUACACUCCGUACAAAUUGCUCGACAGGCCUGCCGUUCACCGCGGCAGGAAUCACCAUGACCUCGGCGACGAUGUAGGACAACGCGACGCUGAGCUAUCAUGUCAUGACCUGACACCAGGUAUAUCGCCUGCCCCAGCAUCAUUAGCUAUUCCAGUAGCAGUCGCGGUACCAGUACCAGCCACGGUAUCACCUCCUGUAGCACCAUUGUCUACAACAUUCGUGUCGUCGCUACCUAUUACGGGGUGGUCCGGUCUUGAGACCCUACCCCAGGUGAAAUCGAGAGCCAGAGAAGGCAUGAAACGGUCGAUGUUCAACGGCUCGUUUCUGCUUUCAACUGAGACAAGAUCAGAAAAGGCGCUUGCCAGCCUUGCUGCCGUUGUAGCUACAUCAAAUAAUCCUGAAUUCGCCCAAUGGUCCGCCGGGGAUGAUGCCAAAAAGGACGCUGGAAAAAUUGGUGACACCGCGAAGAAUCUGAGGAGAAGAUUCAUGGAUAUAGUUCGGACGGCGGUUUUAUCUGGCUACAAUUUGAAUGAAGCCUUGGAAACCCAACCGCAGCCAGAGAUGGUGCUUAUCAUCCGUGACCUUCUCCAAGCCGAUGCGUUCCUGAACGGAGAUAUCGAGGUGGGAGGACAGAUCAUGCACGGCGUGCCCUUUGCAAAUAUUGUAGUGCGACAUUUUACGCAGCACGUGCUGUUCCACCAACUUAAGCUCCACCAAUAUGUUAGCCACGACCGAGACCUUGGGGCAUUGUUAGCCUUCAUUGGAACAUUGUUUGAGUGGGUAUUGAAAGAACUGUCCACUGGUGUCUUCUUGCCCAGAGACUUUGACCUGUCCCCCGCUAGGGUAGAAUUCGACAAAAAGCUAAAUGGUCUCUACACGUCAAUGGCGAGCGAUGUACGUAACGCCCUAGUUGCAGGUAUUUACACCCGAGGGGGGCAACCACUGCCUUAG